UGUUGCAGUUUAGGUGGCGGCACGGGAAAGUGAAAGCUCUCGGAGUCACUGACGUAGGUUUAAGGACUGAAUGAACGCAGAAUGGCAGACAAACGUGAAUUAUGCUACAAGCUACAGAAGGUAGUUUCGGUCGGAGUCGAUGAGAAACACUAGAACACGUGAACUGCUGUAAAUGUAUGGGAAACACGACAUCGUAGCCAGGCAUCUUGGCGUCUCUUUCUUCUCUGUCAUACUUCUACCACUGGCUUUAUCUUGUGACAGCAAUAGGACCAUGAGAGACAUCGCUGAGCACUACGCAAAUAUUAUUUCCCCGCUUAUUCAGCACCGUGAGAACAACAUCACUGGGACGCUGAAAGCGGAAAAUAUUAGCUGCAAAGAGAAGGAAAUCCCGAAAUGUGAGAAAGAUAAAGAGAGAGAGUUUAUCCUCAACGUGACGUGUAGCCAUCGCAGAUCCAUCAGGUUCUUUAAGCUAGACGAUCUCGAGCAUGAAAUCCUGUGUUCACUUGACUGCAGCUGUCCUACCAAACAGAGUUGUCCAGAAGUUCAAAGCACACGGCGGCAUCAUCGUCACGGGAGAAACAGGAAUUCAGGAGGGGAAAGGGGGAAGGAGAAAAAGACGGAGGAGACAGCAGGGAGCACAGAGGGACCUCCGGAGAGGAAGGACACAGAGGGCAAGGAGGUGGACAGUAGGAGAAGGCAGCGACGAGAGAAAAUGAAUGGGAGCAGGAAUCCGCCUGACACGAAGAAGACGUCGAGGAGGUGGUGUGGACUGAAGGCGUUUUUGGACAGCCUGAAACUCUGCUACAUGUCCCUGGGGGAGAGAUACGGAGGCCAAACGCACCCAGGCUCUGUAGGCUGACUGUGAAGUCCCGGUGUCGUCUUGCCCAACACAAGUUCAGCGUAAACGGAUGUCUUAAAUAACGAUUCUGUGGAAUAUACACAUCUGUAUCCGAUUCCUUAGAAAAUACACUGCGCUGGGUGCUUUGUUGCCAUAACGACAUGCUUGUGUUGCAAUACUGGCCCCUUCGGCACAGUGCAGUUGUCGUCAAUCAAAAACGGCCAAGCCAACAAAUGAGCUACACUUUCACUUUCAAGCACUGAGACUUGUGAGAUUUGUCGUAGCUCACCGCGAAGGGGGCUUCCCUACCGUGAGUGGUUUUUGGCAGUGAUCUUGACCUUGCGUGUGUCGGAAGUGUGUUUCGCUGUGUCGCUACACUGAGGCAUUUAAAAACCUAUUCUGCCACAGAUGUUUGCUUUCAACUUGGGUGUCUUAACUGCUAUCGAAAGUUCCCCUCUGUAUGGUGGUGACAAGGCAAAGCACUCUGUUAUCCUGUGUUUUGCUAAAAAGAUGGGACAAAUGUAACUACUCUGAAUACAUAGAGAGAGGCAGAGGUAUGAAAGACAUGUCUGACAGUCCAUUCCAUGAUAUUAACAUAUUCUGUUAUCAAUAUUCUGAAUUAUUCUGAGAAUUUUCAGUAUUUACACUGUUUAAGAAUGUCGGAGUAAAACAAGCUUUUAUAUUUGGGUUCGGACAGUUCAGUUAAACUCAUGAGCUAUUUUUAAGUUAUGUUUCAAGAAUCAAUGGGUAUAUUACAGAUUUAUAAGACCAAAAAUGUAUACAGAAACUAAGGAUCCUGGCUCUAAUGUAACUAGCAUUGGUUUAAGUACUAUUCAGAAAUUAUAUACUCACUACUAUUGAUCCAGGAGGCUGGGGGUUAUUGUUAGUUUUACUCUAUUGAUUAAUCUCUUCCAGCAGUAAAUAUGCAUGGGUAAAAUAUUCACAGUAUGGAGUGGGACUUGUGGCCCAUUGUUUUGUCCGUCACCUCGGAAAGACAGAGAAUUGGACGUCUUUGGCUACAAUUCCAAUCUCCUCUCUUUAACAGGCAUGUGUAGGGGAGACCCUUACUAAAACAAGAUAAAAAUGCAUUUUGGGAGGUCAGUCAGGUCUCAACAAAUGGUGAAAUUGGGAUGUACUUCAGCUGUUUUUCUCUAUGUCAGACACUCCAUCAGCCAUAUCUAAACCGUUAUUAAUCAUGAACAACGUCAGACCCGGCCCACUGGGCCAAUGUCCAGGUACCAUGGCCAGGGCAAUGUUGAUUUGGUUAUUUAUCCUUUCGCGUAACAUUCAAACAAUGGGUACCAUUCUUUUCCUCCUGCUGCCGUAUAACAUUUUCAAAGCAUGGGUCAGAGAAAUGUUUUGUUUGCUUAAAUUAACCACCAUAUGAUAAAGGAUGAAUUGUGCAUUUAUAUUGUAAAUGUACCUUUGUUUUUGUUUGCUCAAGUUCCUGACAAAGGUGUCUUGUAAUCCCAUUAUGUGCUGAGCACCAACAGUCUAUUGGACGGAAAACCAAAGGUAAACACGAGUUAUAAUUUUGUUAUACAUGUACAGUUAUUUGUCGGCAAAUAGAUUUUCAA